AUGUCAUCAACAACACCAGAAAAUAAGACAAGCAAGGAUUAUUACUUUGAUUCCUACUCUCAUUUCGGAAUCCACGAAGAAAUGUUGAAGGAUGGUGUUAGAACCAACGCCUAUAGAGAUGCUAUUAUGCAAAACAAACACUUGUUCAAAGAUAAAGUUGUUUUGGAUAUCGGAUGUGGUACUGGUAUUUUGUGCUUGUUCGCUGCUAAAGCUGGUGCUAAGAGAGUCAUUGGUAUGGAUAUGAGUGAUAUCAUUGAUAAGGCUCGUCAAAUUGUUGCUGACAAUGGUUUCUCUGGUGUUAUUGAAUUGAUCAAGGGUAAAGUUGAAGAUGUUAAAGAAUUGCCAUUCGGUGUUGAAAAAGUUGAUAUUAUUAUCAGUGAAUGGAUGGGAUACUUUUUAUUAUAUGAAAGCAUGUUGGAAACUGUCCUCUAUGCUCGUGAUAGAUGGUUAGCUCCAGGUGGUUAUUUGUUCCCUGAUCAAUGCACAAUGUACGUCAGUGGUAUUGAAGAUUCCGAAUAUAAGAAAGAAAAGAUUGAAUUCUGGGAUAAUGUCUAUGGUUUCAACUUUAGUGCUAUCAAGGGUGAUGCUUUACGUGAACCUUUGGUCGAUUUUGUUGAAGGUCAUCAAGUUAUUACAACACAAUCUAAGUUUUUGGAAAUUGACUUGAAUACAAUUCAACCAGGAGAUUUGAAGUAUAUGAAGAGAACCUUUGAAUUCCAAAGUCAAUAUCAAGAAUAUUGUCAAGCUUUGAUUGCUUGGUUCGAUUGUGUCUUCUCUAGAGGAUGUCACAAACCAGUUCAUUUCUCAACUGGUCCUUUCACUGAAGGUACUCACUGGAAACAAACAGUUUUUUAUUUGGAAAAUGAUUUGCCUUUGAAUCCAAACGAUCAAAUUAAGGGUGUCAUUGAAAUUUCUCAAAAUAAGAAUAACCAUAGAGAUUUGGAUAUUUCUAUUGAAUAUUCCAUCAAUGACGGUACUUCAAUUAAACAAGAAUACAUUAUGAGAUAAUUUAUUUUGAAUACGAAAUAGAUGAAACUAGGAAUAAAAGUAAUCUUCUAUCA